AUCUCAUGAAUCUAAGGGAGCACGGCAUGAUUGAACCUUAUUUUACUCUCUAUUUUAUAGGGAGAAGAAAAGAAGGAGAGUAGUGGAGCUGAGUUGAGAAAUUAGUAAUGAAUUAGAACUGACGGAAGGUUUGAUGUUUUUAGACAGGAAGUAGGUUGACACUCAAAAGAAAUCUAAACUGGUUGUAAACAAAUGAUUCGAGUCGCUAGUUAAAUGAGUAAUAUCUAGGUCAGUCAGCUGUCAGUAACUAACAGUGUAUAUGCUUUCCGUCGGAGGUUUAAUAWGUUAUCUUUUGAAGUAGAUAUUUAUGAAAGGCUAAUAAUCUUGUUGAACCAAUAGKAGCUAAGGAAAAAGAGGGUCAGUACCUGUCCGACUGGAAAUUAUGUAACUGAUACAGGACAGGCAGCAAGAUGGCGGUGGACGGAGGGACCUGUGAGUGGGAAGGCCGAUGGAACCACGUUAAAAAGUUCCUGGAGCGGUCGGGACCGUUUACACAUCCAGACUUCGAGCCCAGCCCAGAGUGUUUGGAGUUUUUGUUUGAAACCUGCAAAAUCCUGGUCAUUGGUGCAGGUGGACUGGGCUGUGAGCUGCUGAAGGACCUGGCUUUAUCUGGCUUUCGGAACAUCAGUGUGGUCGACAUGGACACCAUUGAUGUUUCCAACCUGAAUCGUCAGUUCCUCUUCAGGUCCAAAGAUGUAGGACGACCAAAGGCGUAUGUUGCGGCUGAUUUUAUCAACAGCCGGAUACCUGGAUGUCGUGUGGUCCCACAUUAUAAGAAAAUUCAAGAUUUUGAUGAGAGAUUUUACAGACAAUUCCAUAUUAUUGUCUGCGGACUCGACUCCAUUGUUGCCCGGCGGUGGAUAAAUGGUAUGCUGCUUUCUUUGCUGGUGUACGAGGAUGGUGAACUGGAUCAGACCUCCAUCAUUCCGCUUGUUGACGGUGGGACCGAAGGCUUUAAAGGCAAUGCCAGGGUCAUUCUCCCUGGCAUGACUGCCUGCGUUGACUGCACGCUGGAGCUGUAUCCUCCUCAGAUCAACUUCCCUAUGUGCACAAUAGCGUCGAUGCCUCGCUUGCCUGAGCAUUGCGUUGAAUACGUGCGAGUGCUGCAGUGGCCUAAAGAGCUGCCGUUUGGAGAUGGUGUUGCCCUGGAUGGAGAUGACCCAGAGCACAUCCAGUGGGUGUUCCAGAGAUCUCUGGAGAGGGCAGCAGAGUUCAACAUAACAGGAGUCACUUAUAGACUAACGCAGGGAGUGGUCAAGAGGAUAAUCCCAGCUGUAGCAUCCACAAACGCUGUCAUUGCUGCUGCUUGUGUAACUGAGGUUUUCAAAUUAGCAACAAGUGCCUAUGUGCCUCUCAGUAACCACAUGGUGUUCAAUGAUGCAGAUGGCCUGUACACCUACACUUUUGAGGCGGAACGAAAGGAAAACUGCUCAGCCUGCAGCCAAGUUCCUCUGGAUCUGCACAUUCCUCCAUCUUCCAAACUCCAGGAGGUGUUGGACUACCUGACUGAGAGCGCCUCUUUACAGAUGAAAUCACCUGCUUUAACAGCAACAGUUGAAGGAAAAAGCAAAACUUUAUAUUUACAGUCUGUUGCAUCAAUUGAACAGCGGACACGAGCAAAUCUGUCCAAAACUUUAAAAGAGUUGGGGCUGACUGAUGGACAGGAACUGGCUGUAGCGGAUGUCACCACACCCCAAACCAUGUUGUUCAGACUUUGCUUUACCUCAUAAUUAGAACAGUUUACUGCUUAUUCAAUCACACUAUCAAUCAAUAAUCAAUAUAACUAGUUCGACUGGUUUAAUGUCAUUAUUGACAGAAGUCGAUGUUUUGCACUGAAAAGCCAAACUAUUGGUGAUACCUUGUCAUAUUUUGAUGAUUAUUUGCAAAUGCCUAAUUUUUGUGUAAAUAUCUUGUGCUCGUUACAUUGYAAUGUGUCCUGUGCAAAUGAGAAACAACAAAAGGGUUUUCUUUAAAAUAUUAUUAUAUUGUUCUAAAUUAGCAUAUUUAUUUAUUUACUUGCAGAUUUUUAGGUUGCUGUUUUGUCAAAGUGUGAACUGGAAUAAAAUGGUUUUCUAUGGUG